GCCCUCCUGCUUCCCCACCCCCCCGAUUGGCCCUGCCAAUGCCACAUCUUCUCCCCUUCACCCAGGACAAGGCAGAGAGGACCAACUGGGGGGAGGGGGAUUCCCAGGUGGGUUAAAUCUGUUUCUGGUCUCCUCUCAACCCCCCUCCUGCAGAUUCAGUCUCUUUCCUCCAUUUCUCUCUACUGAUCGGUUUCUGGGAGUGAAACAGAGGAAUCGGUCUGGUGCCCAGGAGCUCCCUGGGAUCCAGGACUGUCCCAGCUAGAACAGGGCUGCUGGGGAGUGUGAGAAAUGGUCCAAGCCUCCCCAGGCCUGAGCUCUGCCCCUAACGCUCUGAUUCUCUCUCUCCACCCUACUGAAUGUGACUCUGGAUUCAGACAUGGUUCAUCCCGUUCCUAAUUAUCCACAGGAUGACACUGUCAUUUAAAAAAUGACGUUCACUCUAAACUGCAGGUUAGCCAUGCAAAGGUAUUAUUAUUACUAUUCCUAAUUAUCCACAGGAGAAUUUUAUAUUCUGAUGAGAAGAUGUAAAAUUAUUAUUAUUAUUUCUGACAUUUACUAUAGUUCGCAAGAAAACAAGAACAAGAGUUUCUUCAAAAUCAUUAUUGUAUUCAGGUAAUUUGGGGCACCUGGAUAUUUUCAUCUGCUGGUCUGACACUUGUAUUUUAGCAGGAAUGUGGCUGUUUCUUUAAGAGGAGACUACUCUGCCCAUAUCAGAACAGUGGAAAUGAUGACAACCCCUCAUUUCCUCUAGUACUUGCAGUUUCAAACUCAGCAGCGCUCAGCUGAAAGAGAAAACCACAUUUAUCAGUUUGGAGGAAAAAGGAUUUCUUAAAAAGCCUGUAAGGAAAGGCUACAAUACAACCCUGCAGCUAUUUUACAGCUAGACAUAGCUGUGCAAAUGGAUACAACGGAAUGAUCUUUAGAAUAUAAACCAUCCAUAACCGGAUGAGGAUUUUGGAAGGCCAGGCCACACCCUAAAGAUCAUAAAACGUCUCAAAUCAGAGCAGAAGCAGAGAGAACAGAAGCCCAGACAUCCCAGCAGCCAUGGCCUCAGGGACUCCUGUACGGGAAAUCCAAGAGGAAACCAACUGUCCCAUUUGCCUGGAAUAUCUGACAGACCCAGUCACCAUACAGUGCGGGCACAACUUCUGCCGGGUCUGCAUCACUCAGUACUGGGAGACAUGGGCAGAGCUGGACUCUGACCCCUUGUGCUGCCCCAGCUGCAGAGCCCGAAUCCAGAAAGGGGCUCUCCGAAAAAACUAUCAGCUAGCAAAUAUAGUGGAAAAAAUCAAACAAAUAGAUUUCAAACCAGGAAAUGAGAAUCUGUGUGAGAGACAUGGGAAACCCCUGGAUCUGUUCUGUGAAGAGGACGGGGAAGCCGUGUAUGUGGUUUGUUGGAGAUCCUCAGAGCACAAAUCUCACACAGUGCUUCUCAUAGAGGAGGCUGCCCAGAAAUACAAGGAACAAAUCCAGGCCCAUUUGAAGACUCGGCGGGAAGAGAGAGAAAAGCUUCUGGAAUUUAAAAUGACUGGAGAGAGAAAAAGCCAGGAGUAUCUGAAACAAACACAAACCGAGAGGCAGAAGAUUGUGACUGAAUUUCAGCAACUGCAGCAGUUCCUGGAGGAACAAGAGCGACUCCUGCUGGCCCAGCUGGAAAAGCUGGACAUGGAGAUUGUGAGGAUCCAGAAUGAAAAUGUCAGUAAACUCUCCGAGCAGAUUUCCCAUCUCAGUGAGCUGAUCAGUGAGAUGGAGGGGAAGUGUCAGAAGCCAGUGAGUGAAUUCCUGCAGGAUGUCAGAAGCACCUUGAGCAGGUGUGAGACGGGGAAGUUCCAGCAGCCAGAGGAGAUUUCUCCAAAACUGGAAGAGAGAGUCAGUGGUUUCUCCCAGAAAACUAUUGCGCUAUUGGAGAUUCUGGGGAAGUUCAAAGACACUCUGCCCUCUGAAUUGGAGAGAAAAAGGGGAGAAUCAUUUGGAGCACACAGACAGGGUGAGUUUGCAGUGAAUGUGACUCUGGAUCCAGACACGGCUCAUCCCCAACUCAUCCUGUCUGAGGAUCGGAAAAGUGUGAGAUGGGGGGGCACACGGCAGCGACUGCCCAGCAACCCUGAGAGAUUUGACAUUCGGCCCUGUGUGCUGGGCUGUGAGGGAUUCACCUCGGGGAGACAUUGCUGGGAGGUGGAGGUGGGGGGUGGGGGAUACUGGGCUGUGGGGGUGGCCAGAGAGUCUGUGGGGAGGAAGGGACGGAUCAGCCAUAGCCCUGAGGGGGGGAUCUGGGCUGUGGAGUGCUGGUGGGGUCAGUUCCAGGCUCUCACCUCCCCUGUGACCACCCUGCCCCUGAGCUGGUUCCCCAGCAGGAUCCGGGUUUGUCUGGACUGUGACCGGGGACAGGUGACAUUUAUUGAUGCUGGUGACGAGGCCCUGAUAUUCACUUUCCCGCCGGGCUCCAUCCCUGGGGAGAGAAUCCGACCCUGGCUCUGGGUGUGCCAGGGAUCCCAGCUCAGCCUGUGUCCCUGAAACACACAGCUGAGGGGAGAAUCGGAAAUCAUCCUCUCUUGCCUCACACACCCCAGUCUCUGACCCUGCAGGACUCCCAUCUACCCAGUCUCUGGCUCCUCAUCUCUAUGGCCCCUGGAAGCACCUCCCCCACCCUCUCUGCAGCCCCAGGGAUGGGAGGGGGCAAGAACCCCUGGACCUGCAAGAGGGGCCCUGAGGGGCAGAGGUGAGGGCUUGGCAGGGGGCAGAACUAACAGCCGGGCUGGGGACAGGCAGAUGAGGGGGUGGCAGGGACACAGCAUUGAUCAAUCAGGGUUUGGGGGGUUGGGGAGAAGCAGCAGCAGCAGGGAUCUGUGUCCUUAGAUUUCACUGGGGGCUCCCAGCCGGGGAUCAGCAAGAGGGGAAGGGAUAAGAUCAGAGAAAGAAGAGAGCAGCCAAGGGGGGUGAUCUGUGACAGGGAGUAGAGAUACAGGAAAAUAAACAGGGAUGGGAAGUGAGGGCUAGAACAAUAAUGAAUAGAAAAGGAGAGUAUGAAAGGAAAGGGAACGUGAGCGUGAUGGAGAGAUUUAUUACAUGUCACUGAAAGUGAGACUGUAACUCAUUAAUUCCCUAUAUUAAUUCCUGGCCAUUGGUGCUAUUUUAGUGCCAUAAAGAAAACUGUUCUCAGUAGCUGGGGAUCUCCUUGCCGUGCUGCGGUUAUUAAAGCUCCUUCUUAGCUCCUUUUACUUUUUUACUUUCCAGCUACUUACUGUAAAUAAACCAUUACAAACAAUU